AUGAGGUUCGGGUUCGGUGUUGAGGUCGGUGUCGGCGUCGGGGAGCAGCUCAAAGGCUUUUUCCCUAUCAUACUGCUUACCGCCCUCUGGACGUUGCCGUCUUUUAGGAAAGUACAAAUCGCGGCCUCGGAGCGUGUACAGCGCUGCACACGCGCCAGACGGCGAUCUUCACGCGUAGACUCGGCUUGCGCCAAGAUGGCACGGUACGUGACCAACCUCGCGUCGAUGUUCAUUCGUCGCUUGCACACGAUUCCUCAACGAUGCCGUCUAAAACAUCUCGUUUCCGAUACUCCAAAGGCCUUGUCUCGGGGUCCCAUGCCCUCAGGCACGCGUAGUCUGACCACAAAUCAAUGGAUGCUCGCGGUGGCGGCAUGCGCGCUGGUGACCCACUGGAUCUUCAAUCGCUGGGAGCCAACUGAUAUACCGACCCUCUUUAUCUUAUUGCUGCUCGCUCCCGCUGCGGCGUCGACACUGCUCAUCCAACAUCACGGCGUCACCUACGGAGUUGCCCUCACCUUCUUUACCUACCACGCCUCUCUCCUCUCAUCGAUCACCGUCUACCGCAUCUCACCGUUCCACCCACUGGCACGCUACCCAGGCCCGUUGUUGGCAAAGGUCACCAGAUGGUAUCUGACGUUUAUUGCGGUCGGGGGGCGUCAGCACGUUGUAACGCGGCGCCUCUUCGAGCAAUAUGGCGAUGCUGUCCGAAUUCAGUUUCGGGAUGCAUCUGUGCUACAGACGAUGAUGGGCCCGAAAGGGAUGCCGAAGGGUCUCAUGUGGCAGGUCAGGUCCUUGGAGGCAGCGAGCCCUGCUCUCAUCGGCCUUAGAGAUAACGCGGAGCAUGCUCGCCGUCAGAGGCCUUGGAAUCGCGCGUUCAGCACCGCGGCGCUCAAGAACUACGAGCCUGCCUUGAUCAAGCGUGUCUCCCAGUUUGUGAGGUUGCUCGAGGAGCAAAAGCAUGUCGACUUCGCGCACUGCGCGCACCUCUUCACGUUCGACUUUAUGUCUGAUGCCCUGUUUGGUGGAGGGUCAGAGGUCAUGCAGGACGACGACAAAGAUGGCGAAGUCCAUUUGACACACAGAGACUUCACCUCUUUGAACACAUUCCCUCGCUCGGACGUCUCGCAGGUCAUCUUCCGCUCGAAUCGCGGAGUUGCACGGCUCAUGAAGGCUUCGAGCACGAAGGAUCUAUUCUACUGGCUGAAUAACGAGGACGGAAGCGAGGAGGAAGACCUACCGAAGGGGCUAGUCGCUGCCGACUCUGGGCUCGCUAUGAUUGCCGGGUCCGACACGACCGCUAGAACGCUGAGCACCAUCGUGUACUGCUUGCUUGCCCACCCGGAGACGUAUGUACGGCUGCAGACCGAGGUCGACCAGUUCUACCCACCAGAGGGGGACUCGCUCGACCCGAAGCACCACACCAGCAUGCCCUACCUUGAAGCAGUCAUUUUCAUACCCGAGUGGACAUCGGUCCGGGCGCCGACGUGGUCUCUGCACCGCGACGCACGCAAUUUUGCGCAGCCGGACGCGUUUCUCUCCGAGCGGUGGCUUGCGCCCGAGGACCGCGACACCACCGCACCAGCGGGCCCAGAAGGUGUGCACAACACGCGGGCGUUCGUGCCGUUCUCGUGCGGGCCGUGGAAUUGCGUUGGGAAGAACCUGGCGAUGGUGGAAAUGAAGGUCGUGCUGACGCACAUGCUGCAGCGUCUGCGGCUGCGAUUUGAGGAGGGCUUCGACUGUGUCGCAUAGGAGAGUAGCUUAGAGGACCAGUUCAACCUCAUCAUGCCGAGGUUGCCUCUCGUCAUCGAACGGAGGAUAUGAGGCUUGAUAACUUGUUGCACGCGUUUCUGUCUGCCGUGUAUACAACCUUGUACGCACGCUUCAUACCUCUGGUUUCCG